CUCCCCCGAUUCCAGCCUUCCAUUCAAGUACUGCUUGCCAGCACCUUGGACCCCCCGUCCUUUCUUUCCUGAUCAUCUCCUCCCUGGUCUCUUGGAGUGCUUGCUCAUUUCCUCCUUUUCUUUCCUCUCUUCUCUUAUUCAAUCCUCCUCCAUUCACCAUGUUGUCCACCCUCAGAAUCGCCAGCCGUAAGGCUGCUACCCGUGACGCUAGUGUGCGCACCGUUAUUGUCGGCGCCAGACACGCCUCCGCCUGGUCCAACGUGCCUCAGGGUCCUCCCGAUGCUAUCCUGGGUAUCACCGAGGCCUACAAGGCCGACACCUUCCAGGAGAAGAUCAACCUGGGUGUCGGUGCUUACCGUGAUGACAAGGGCAAGCCCUACGUCCUGCCUUCCGUCCGUGCUGCGGAGGACAAGGUUGUCGCCUCUGGCUACGACAAGGAAUACGCUGGUAUCACCGGUAUCCCUGCCUUCACCAAGGCUGCUGCUGAGCUGGCCUACGGUUCCGACUCCGCCGUCCUCAAGGAGGACCGUCUCGUCAUCACCCAGACCAUCUCCGGUACCGGUGCUCUGAGAAUCGGUGGUGCUUUCCUGCAGCGCUUCUACCCUCACGCGAAGAAGGUCUACCUUCCCACCCCCAGCUGGGCCAACCACGCCGCUGUCUUCAAGGACUCCGGUCUGGAGGUCGGACAGUACCGCUACUACAACAAGGACACCAUUGGCCUCGACUUCGAGGGCCUGCUGGCCGACAUCAAGGCUGCUCCCGAGAACAGCAUCAUCCUCCUCCACGCCUGCGCCCACAACCCCACCGGUGUCGACCCCACCCAGGACCAAUGGCGCCAGAUCAGCGAUGUCAUGAAGCAGAAGGGUCACUUUGCCUUCUUCGACAUGGCCUACCAGGGCUUUGCCAGCGGUAACGCUGACCAGGAUGCCUUUGCUCCCCGUCACUUCGUGAAGGAGGGCCACAACAUUGCUCUCUGCCAGAGUUUCGCUAAGAACAUGGGUCUGUACGGCGAGCGUGUCGGUGCCUUCUCUCUCGUCUGCGAGUCCGCCGAGGAGAAGAAGCGUGUGGAUUCUCAGAUCAAGAUCCUCAUCCGUCCCUUCUACUCCAACCCUCCCAUCCACGGUGCCCGCAUCGCCUCAACCAUCAUGAACGACGCCAAGCUCAACGAGCAGUGGCUGGGUGAGGUCAAGGGCAUGGCCGACCGCAUCAUUGAGAUGCGCGCUCUCCUCCGCAAGAACCUGGAGGAGCUUGGCAGCAAGCACGACUGGUCCCACAUCACCAGCCAGGUAGGAUUUGAACCAUAAGUGAUGCAAGCGAUUACUGACAUGCGACAGAUCGGCAUGUUCGCCUACACUGGUCUCAAGCCCGAGCAGAUGGACGCUCUGGCCAAGGAGCACUCCGUCUACGCCACCAAGGACGGCCGUAUCUCCGUGGCCGGUAUCACCAGCGGCAACGUCAAGCGUCUCGCCGA